AUGACGUUAACGACGAAAGACAAAGAAAAAGUUUUUCUGGGUAAUAAUUGUGUAGUUUUUAUGUUCGAUGAGAUUCGCUAUGAACUCAAUGGUAUGGAGAUUGAUUGUAAUAGAAACGUUGGAAUAACCAGCACAAUCAAAAACUAUGUAUCGCUAACACAUGAUAAAAGCAUGGCCAUGAANAAUGCUGGAUGGGAUAUUACACAACAUACAGACGUAGAUAGUUACUUUAGUUUCUGCGUACCUCUCAGCAUGUUAUUGGGAUUUUGCGAGAACUACAAGCGUACCAUUAUCAAUGCACGUCAUGAACUAAUUUUAAUACAAUCGCGCAACGACAAAAACUGCAUAACAGCAGUUUCUGAGGUAGAUGGUGAAGCAUUAAAUGGAAAAAUUGAAUUAUUUAAAAUACAAUGGCGAAUGCCAUAUGUAGUAUUGAACGAUGUCACGAAGCUCUCGCUGCUACGAACUCUGGAAAGCGGACGGUAUUUGACCAUGAGUUUCCGCUCGUGGGAUCUCUAUGAGUUUCCAUUACAAAUUUAUUACAAAGCACGACUAAACACUCGUGGGCGUAAAAACGGCGACACAACUUGA